AUGGCGCGUCUACUUUUCGUCACUACGUUCGCCGUGCUGCUGGCCGUGGCGUCCGCAGGACAAACCGUGGUGACCGGACCCAACAACCCGGCGGUGAACCUGGACAAGGCCAAGGGCGAGAAUGGCGUGGCAACUGACGUUCCUCCUGGUAUCGAGAAGGCGGCGGCCGCCGGCGGGCUUGACAAGUACGAGGGGACGACGAUCGUGAGCCCGAGCACGGACACGGAGAAUAAGGCAGCGGAGGAUACGGGGAAGAAGGCGGAAGAUGCGGGGAAGAAAGCGGAGGAUGCGAGCAAGAAGGCGCAGAAGCGGGGGAAGGAGCUGGAGAAGCGCUUGCGCCGGCUGCGGGAAGUGAUGGCGGAAGUGGAUGGGGGAAAGGGCGUCAACGCGUUUAUCAUUCCGUCCGAAGACCCGCACCAGAGCGAGUACAUGGCGCCGUGCUUCGAGCGCCGCGCGUUCAUCUCGGGUUUCACGGGGUCCGCGGGCACGGCGGUGGUCACGCGCGAGCGCGCGCUGCUGUGGACGGACGGGCGCUACUUCCUGCAGGCGGAGCAGCAGCUUCCGCCGGGCUGGGACCUCAUGCGCGCGGGCAUGCCCGGCGUGCCCUCUGUUGCGGACUGGCUGGCGGAAGCGCUCCCCGCGGGCAGCAGAGUGGGGGUGGACCCGUUUGUGCAUUCGGCUGACAACGUAAGAGGCCUGGCGGACACGCUGGCAGCGUCCUCAUCCGUGGUGGUGCCGCUGCUGCGCGAGAGCAACCCUGUUGACGUUGUUUGGGGCGCGGAGCGCCCUGCGCCCCCAUCAGCGCCCAUGAGGGUGCACCCGAUCGAGUUCGCGGGGCAGACGGUGAGGGCGAAGCUGCAGCAGCUGCGGGCGGAGAUGAGAGACGCCGGUGCCACGGCGCUGCUGGUGUCUGCUCUGGAUGAGGUGGCAUGGCUGCUCAACGUGCGCGGGGCAGAUGUGCCGCACUGCCCAGUGACAGUGGCAUAUGCAGUGGUGGAGGCGGAAGCAGCACACCUCUUUGUGGAUCCCAGCAAGGUGGCAGCUCCUGCUGUUGCAGAGCACCUGGCAGCAGCGGGCGUGACUGUCAAGCCAUAUGGCGACCUCGUGCCCUUCCUCCAAAGAUCUGCCAUGGAGGGGGCUCGCCUGUGGCUGGACUUUUCCUCUGCCUCCUCUGCAGUGCUCUGCUCUGUUGAAGCCGCCUGCGCUCCCUCCCUCUCCCACCUCUCCAUCCUUUUUCGUUUUCUCACUACCCACCUUCCAUCAGCCGCCUGUGCUCAGUUCUACGAGCAGAGAGCCUCAGGGAAGGGGGGAUUCGGGGGAAAGAAGGGGAAGAAGGGCGAGAAGGGGGAGAAGAAGAGCAAGGAGGGGAAGGGGGGGAAGGGGAGGGAGGAGCGAGGGGGAGCAGGCGGGGAGGAAGUGGAAGGGCCGGCAGUGCUCAGCCGAACCACUCCAAUCUCUCUGGCCAAGGCACUCAAGAACGAAUCUGAGAUCGAGGGGAUGAAGAACGCCCACAUCAGGGACGCGGUGGCAAUGGCACAUUUCUGGGAGUGGGCGGAGAGGGCGGUGGUGGAGGAGGGGAGGGCAGUGACAGAGGUGGAGCUGGGGGAGAGGCUAGAGGCGUUCCGCGCACAGCAGGAGGGGUUCCUUGACACCAGCUUUGAUACCAUCGCAGGUUCGGGCAAGAACGGGGCGAUCAUUCACUACCGAGCCGAGGAGGACAACUGUGCGGUGGUGGAUCCUUCCAAGAUGCUUCUGCUGGACAGCGGAGCACAGUACAUGGAUGGCACAACAGACAUCACGCGCACUGUUCACUUUGGGACCCCUUCGGACUAUGAGAAGGAGUGCUACACACGCGUGCUGCAGGGCCACAUUUCGUUAGAUUGCGCGGUGUUCCCCCAGGGCACGCCCGGGUUCGCCCUGGACAUUCUCGCCCGAAGCCCGCUGUGGGGCAUGGGGCUGGACUACCGGCACGGCACGGGGCACGGCGUGGGCGCUGGUCUCAACGUGCACGAGGGGCCGCAGAGCAUCAGCCCUCGCUUUGGCAACCCGACUCCUCUGCAGGCCGGCAUGGUUGUUAGCAAUGAGCCGGGGUUCUACCAUGAUAACCAGUUUGGGAUUAGAAUCGAGAACCUUCUUGUGGUGAGGGAGCAGCAGACGCAGUUCCGAUUUGGUACCUCUCUUCCUCCUCCCUCUACCUUCCCCUCUACCUUCCCCUCUACCUUCCCCUCUACCUUCCCCUCUACCUUCCCCUCUACCUUCCCCUCUCCUAUCUG